GUAAUCUGGCAACCAUUAAAUCGGCACAGCGGUUCAGCCUCAUUCAGACCGAGCAGAAACUGCACUCCAGACCAAACACACACGCACGCGCGCUCCAUCUCGAUCCACUUCUCCGGCUCUGCGGAGGAAACUCUUACUUUCUCAUUUUUCCGCGAAAUCUGCUGGUAUGCAUGAUCAGGAAAAGACGAAAAGCGCACGGAGGGAUGUGUUUCACAUUUGCAGAUGCACUUUAUAUUUAUUGCUUUUAUGCCUGGGACCGAAAAUUGCCCUCACAGCACAUGAGUCCGACUCUGACACGUUUGCCUUUUUCCAUGAGGGGGUGCGGGGCUGUUUGGCCGUUCGAGACCAUGCGCUCUACCUUACAACAUCCUGUGAUAGUGACACUCAACUCUGGAAGUGGGUCACCCGGAAUCGUCUCUUUAACAUAGGCUCCUCCCUCUGUCUGGGCGUCAGGAUGGGAAAUGGGAACGCCACAAGUGUUUUGCCUCGACUCAGCGUGUACCGGUGUGACCGCGAACCCACUUUGGUCCGGUGGUCGUGGAGCUGCAGCAAGUUCCUGGAUGACCUCAGCACCUAUUUGCCAAAUCCGAACCCACCUAGAGAUGACCGCAAUGUCUUAGCUGCUCGGACCUCUCCAGUAGCUGGAAGCACACGGUGGAGACUUUACGGUGACGAGCAGGACCUUUGUGCCAAAACAUAUCGUGAAAUCUACACCAUCCAGGGAAACUCUCAUGGACACCCGUGUUACCUGCCUUUUCUAUAUGAUGGACACUGGUUCCACAGCUGCACCAGUGUGGGGAGAGAGGACGGCCAUCUCUGGUGCGCCACCACACACGACUACGGCAAAGACGAACGCUGGGGAUUCUGUCCUGUUAAGAGUGCAGACUGUGAGACAUUCUGGGACACAGACUCUCUGAUGGAUAACUGCUACCAGUUUAAUUUCCAGGCCACACUCUCUUGGGAGGAGGCUCGCACCAGCUGCAAACAGCAGGGGGCAGAACUGCUGAGCAUCACCAAGGUGGAGGAGCAGAGCUACAUCAAUGGUUUCCUUACUGGUUACAGCUCCACUCUGUGGUUGGGUCUGAAUGAUCUGGACCUCAACGGAGGCUGGCAGUGGUCCGACACUGCUCCUCUCAAAUAUCUCAACUGGGAGACAGAUCAGCCAAACCACGAGGAUGAGCAGAAUUGUGGUGUGAUCCGUACCGAGAGCUCAGGGCGCUGGCAGAACAGAGACUGCUCCAUGGCACUGCCUUACAUAUGCAAGAAACGGCCCAAUGCCACCCUCGACCCGUUCACCACAGACUCCUGGACAGACGAUGGGGGGUACCAGUGUGAUAUCGGCUGGCAGAAUUUCCAGGCUGGCUGCUACCGACUGAACUCAGAAAAGCUGGACUGGAAUUAUGCCGAAAAAAACUGCCAGAAGAUGGACGCCCACUUAGUCAGCAUCCACACACUCCCGGAGCUGGAGUUUAUUAAUAUGCACAUGAAAAGAGAUGUAGAAGAGGUGUGGAUCGGACUGCAUGAUACCAUGAUGCAGAUGAAUUUUGUGUGGACUGACCAUACUCCUGUUAUCUUCACCUACUGGCACCCAUUUGAGCCCAACAACUUUCUGAACACACAGGAGGACUGUGUCAUCAUGUGGGGUCCUGAAGGCCGCUGGAAUGAUAACCCCUGCAAUUCCUCUUUACCUUCCAUCUGUAAAAAAACAGCUCAGAAGAUAGAUGGACCGAUCCAAGACCACGGGUGCAGACAGGGAUGGAAGUGGCACAAUCCUGCAUGUUUCUGGGUUGGAGAGGAGUCCGUAACUUUCAAUAAUGCUAGACGAGUGUGUGCUAGCUACAAUGCAACAUUAGCCGUCAUCAACAACAGGUUCGAACAGGCGUUUGUGAACAGCUUGGUGUUUGGCCGUUCAGACGAUCAUUUCUGGCUGGGGCUGAAUAAUCAGAACAGCACUGGGCCUUUCCGCUGGCUCACCGGGGAGCAACUGACAUACACCAACUGGAACAGAGAUCAGCCAGCUCCAUUUAAAGGUGGAUGUGUAGCCAUGGCAACAGGCCAUGCUACAGGCCUGUGGGAGGUGAAGGAGUGUGCAAGUGCACGCUCCAAGUACAUCUGCAGACAGGACAAGGGCUCUUCAUUUUCCCCAAUUCCCCCUCAGCCCCAACCUACACCCCCUCUCACAGGGUCCUGCCCCCCUGAUUGGAAGAGUUCCAGCACAUUGCAUUACUGCUACAAGGUCUUUCAUGCCGGUGACCUAGAGAAGAAGCUCACAUGGAUUCAGGCUCACAUGUUCUGUCAGAGGCACGGUGCUGAACUAGUCAGCUUUGGCAGCCCAGAUGAAGAAACCUUUGUGUUUCAGAUCCUCCACGAGACUUUUGGAGAGGAAGAGGAUCAUGAACAACACUGGCUCUGGAUAGGUAUAUCUCGCCGAAUCAGUGACAGCUGGACAUGGAGUGAUGGAACAGCUGUGUCAUAUCAGAACUUUGGUAGGGGUCCGUAUAGCUCGGCACUGUGUGGAGCUGCAAACGUGGCUGAUAUGAACUGGGUGAAGGCUGAUUGCAAUUCUGAACUAGACUGGCUCUGCAAAAUACCUAAAGGGAUAGCUGAGGUGGAGCCUGGGCCUUCUGAAGACUCUGGUCUGGACUGGGUUGAUUUCCAGGAAGCUCAGUAUAAGCUGUUUGAGCAUCGCACCACAUGGGGGCAGGCCCAGAGGAUCUGUUCAUGGUUUGGCGCCUCACUCGUCUCCAUACAUUCUGCCAGUGAGAAACAGUUCCUGGCAAGCACUCUGCGCAAGAUGUCAAGGAUUGAUAGUGAUCUCUGGUGGAUUGGACUACACACAUUUGAGAACGAUGGACGUUUCCGGUGGUCUGAUCACUCUGUGCUCAACUACGUGUCCUGGGGACUUGGCCAACCACGUCCCCUCACUAGAGACCGCAAGUGUGUCCACAUAUCUGCAUCUAAAGGGGAAUGGGCAGAUAAAAAGUGUCAUUUAGAUAUGCCCUAUGUGUGUAAGAGAGUAAAUGUCACCGGCACACCUCCUCCCACUCCUCCUCCUCCUCUCAUCCCAUCCGGUUGUCCUGAUGCCUGGAGUCCAUUCCUGCACAAGUGUUAUAAGGUGUUUGGGAAAGAGGAGUCGAGGCGUGUCACAUGGUCCGCUGCCCGCAUGAUGUGCCAGUCUCAAGGGGCAACACUAGCCACAGUGCCCACUCACAUUGAGCAAGCAUUCCUGGUGACUCUGAUGCCCAACUCGAGUUUUCAUCUGUGGUUGGGGCUUACGUCAGAUUCCCAAGGACACUUUAAAUGGGCGGAGCCUGGUCUUCUUAGCUAUACAAACUGGGGCCCUGGGGAGCCAGUGACCAACGGUGGACAAAACAAAAGUCCAACUAAUUGUGUGGUGCUACUCCAUAUUAGUCCUCACAGAACCACAGGAAUGUGGGCAUCUCGAGGAUGUGAAUCAGAGAAACAUGGCUACAUCUGCAUGAAAAACAAAGACCCUGCUAUUCCCCCCGGUGUGGACCCUCUUCCCCCUGUUCCUGAGGGGCAGCUGGAGUUUAAGGGCAAACAGUACCGUUUGUUACAGGCACGGCUAGACUGGGAAGGGGCUCUACAUGUGUGUGAAUCUGUUAAUGGUAGUCUGGCCUCGGUACGAGACCCACAGCAGCAAGCAUACCUCACACUCCUACUCAAUGCCCUCCGCAAACCUGCCUGGAUCGCACUACACAGUGAUGGGGGCCGUGGUUACAAGUGGCUGGGAGAGGACGAAGUUACUUUCAGCAAUUGGCGAGAUAGAGAACCUAAUCUGAUGGCUGGGUGUGGUCACAUGACCACCAAUGGCCAAUGGACUAUGUCAUCCUGUAAUAUAAAAUUGGAUGCAACCAUCUGUGAGCUGAAUACAGAGCGAGCAGUAGAUCACAGGUGGAUGUAUCCGGGUCACUGCCUUCAGACAGUCGGAGACUGGGCCUGGGUUCCAUUCAGAAACUCCUGUUACGCCUUUAACCUCAACCAGUUGCGGCUACAACACGAUGCUGAGCACGCCUGCAAGAAAGUGCGAGCAGAGCUACUAUCAGUGCUGGAUGAGAAUGAGAAUGGUUUUGUUUGGGAACACAUUCAGAGCUACCAGGAGCAGGCUCAUGGUGCCUGGCUUGGCAUGACCUUCAGUACCAAAGUAGGAGGCAGUCUGCAGUGGCCGGACAGUUCGGUGGUGGAGUACACUAACUGGGAGCAGCAGGACGGGAAUCUGAGCAUGCUCUCUGCUAACAGCUGCUUCUGGGUGCAGAGUAACACAGGGCUCUGGAAGCCUGGAUCCUGCAAGAACCGCACACACGGAGUCAUCUGUAAACGGCCCCGAGGACUGGAGGCUUCUGUUGUAGCAGCUGAUGUAGAUCAUCUACCUGCUCUCGUUCUCAUUCUGCUGGCUCUCCUGGUACUGAUUGCUCUGAUAGUGGGCGGAGUUUAUCUGUAUCGUAGGAAUAGCCCAGGCUCUUCCGGAUCCUACGAGGGCGCUCGUUACAGUCGCACUAACCUCACCCCAUCUGAAGAGGCAGAGAAAAAUAUCCUGGUGUCGGACAUGGAGCUAAACGAGCAAGGGGAAUAAUGAAGGAAGAUAGAUGAAAUCUUAAUGAUUGACUCAGCAAACUGGCCUGCACACACAAGGACUAAUUGAACUGACUUUGUUUUUGUUUCAAGGGUUUGUUUUUUUUUCUUUUUGUGGUGACAUGUAGAAAGCUGUGUGGAGCGCAGCAGAUGUCAAUCAAACACGAAGGUGGAACUCCACCCCAUUUGAACUGUUGCGUUAUACCUGCACACCAACCAACCAGAAUCCACCAGUUUAAAAAUGGCUGAUAUGUGACUGAUAUGCAAAUAGUGUUCUUUUUAUGCUUCACGUUAACUCUUUUUUGGGAAUUCAGUUUAUAACCAUAUAUGUGUUUCUUAGUUACCAUCCGGUCAUUUGUAUUUUUUGCGGUACAGAAAAGAAUUUCCAGAAAAGCCAUACCAGCUCAGAUUCCCAGACAAAUGCACACACACAAGCACACUAUCUGUACCAAAGUGUUAUACCAUAGCAGUAUUUUUGCAGACUGUGACUGUGAUGUGGUCCUGUUUUUACUUUUAUUCAUCUUUUUGAUUACCUCCAGCUAAAAGGAGGAUUAAUUUUUGAGUCCACAAAUCAUCUGCCUGUGGAAUUCUCCCCUUUUAUUUUCCCUUUCAUGUCGCUUCUCUCUCUCUCUCACCUCUUUGUUUCUCGUUCUCUCUCCAGCUGAAUGCUGGGUGCUGUCUGGAUGUGAUAAUCAUAGUGAUUAGAGAUGAAAGGAAUUGAUAGCAUGUGGAGCAUUUGACAAUACAGAGGAGAGACAGAGACAUAGAGGGAACACUGGGGGUAGAAAUGAGCUGUGUGGAUUAAAGAAUGAGAGUAAUUUAAAGGUCUUUUCAGCAUGGCUGGUGCUAGUUAAAGCUCGACUGUGCUGCUGAGAUUAGCUGGUGCUUGGAUCAAUUUGGUGUCUUUCCAUUUUUUGAGUGCUGUUUUGUAAAUGAGCUCUUUUGAAAGUUUACAUAAAUGAUCUGAGGAGUAGUGUGGCACAAACUACAGCUACUAGCUUUUUCUAGUUAUGACAUAUUGAUUCAUAAAUUCAUAGGUUCAAGCAAUCUUUCUGGCCAGUUCUUUUUUUUUUUUUUUUUUUGCUUUUCCUAACAUUCUUAAAAGGUUUCAGAUUCUGUAGAGUUGCCUUUUUCCUUUAUUCCUCAUUCUCUCUCUCCCUGUCUCUCUCUCUCGCUCUCUCUCUCUCUCUCUCCUUUUGGCGAAGGCGUGGGGAUGAAAAGGUGCUGCGGCCAACUGUGGAAUGUCGAGUCAGCAAGUGGAUCGGGUCUGGAACCAAUUUUAACCUUUGAGGAACAAGAGAGAGAGGGAGGGACAGAGAGAGAAAGAGAGAGAGAUGGAGAGAGAAAGAGAGAGUGAGAGACAUAAUGACAAAGAAAGAAAGAACGAAAGAAAGAAAGAAAGAAAGAAAGAAAGAAAGAAAGAAAGAAAGAAAGAAAAGUAUGCCUUUAGGUGCACAGGACUCGGAAGAUUUGUGCAAGUUUAUGUCGCACGGUCUCUGCGGCGCCUCUAGUGGACAUUGUGUCAUCACAGUAAGUGAAGUCUGCACUUUCAGAGAUAUUUACAAUCUUUUAUGAGCAUUUCUUCUCUAUGUACAUGUUACACGUGCAUGUUACAGCACAAUAACUGGCCAAGAUUGUGCAAAAAGCUAAGUGAAAUGAUAAAAUAUACAGCUCCUUCCAUGGUCUUGCUUACUGUCUGAGGUUCGGUCUUGAUGCAGUCAUCCUGAGUCAUACUACACUUUCAGAAUUUGAUAAAAGGCCAUUUCCUCAGCAGAGCAACUGCCACGUAGGCGAGUCUCAGUGAGUGCAGGUUUUUUUGUGGCCUCCCACGCCAUAAAACAUUUCAACAUUUUGCAAUGAUCCCUUCCAAAAACACUCAUGCAAUCAUCUUGCUACUUUUGACCAAAGAACAUUAGCCUAUAUCAUCGUAUACAGACAGAUUUUAUUUGCAAGGCUAGUAAAAAUCAAGUUGCUGAAAAAAAAUAGUUUAUAUGGUUUUUAUAAUUGGUUGAGAUUUCAAAAAAAAAAAAAAAAGUGACUCUGCAUUUGACCCAUCCAAAGUGCACACACACAGCAGUGAACACACACCCACCCGGAGCAGUGGGCAGCCAUUUAUGCUGCGGUGCCCAGGGAGCAGUUGGGGGGUUCGGUGCCUUGCUCAAGGGCACCUCAGUCGUGGCCGGCCUGAGACUCGAACCCACAACCUUAGGAUUACGAGUCAGACUCUCUAACCAUUAGGCCAUGACUUGCACCAAUUUCCAGGCACCUUUCAGGCAAAAUAUUUCCUGAUAAUCAAAAAUACUGCAGUUUUUUCAGAAGUAAGAUUGAGGAAUCAGAAGACAGUCAUUGUGAUGGUUUAUUGUGCACAGAGACAGCCUGUGCAAUCCACAGCGUAAUCAUGCACUGGAAUACUUGACUUUAAGGUAAUGCUCAAGGCUAUAAAAAAAUACAUAAUCCUAUUCUUUGGAUUACAUUUAUGAUCCAUUCAUGUAAACUUAAAGUUUCAUAAGUGUUUUACGUAUUAUAACCACUGACCAGGUGAUUAUCCAUCUACGUAUCUCACAAUUAGGAGACACCUCAUCUAUCUACAUCCCAACCAUCAAAUCACAUGUAGCUAUUAGGCCUAAAAUGAGCCAACAUACCUGUAGUUUUUGUGUCCUGGGCUUGUUGCAGACUUUUAAAAGAACACAGGCAGCAACAGUAAAGCGCAAUUUAACAAUAAAAUAAACGUAUAGCCUGAGGCUAAAAUAGCAGCAGCAAUGGCAAUGUCUUUUUCAAGGUUAUGAAACAAUUCAUUAUUCAUUUUUUGUGACAAAAAACAAAACAAAAAACCUACCACAAAUGUCUGUAGCAAAUAUCUGCUAUCAGCUGAUAACUCAUAAUGCCUAUGCAGUAAAGCUAGAAAACAUGUCGUGACAUUAGGAAUGGUUUAUAUUUAAUUUCUUUUAGUCAAUUUGCUUUCAUUCCAGGAUAUAAUUUUUUGCUUUUCCACAUUGACAUGAGCUGGUUAGCUAAACAUCAUUGCAAGUCUAUUACACUGGGGACUGCUCAUGACUGAGACCUGAAAUUUCUUUCUUUCUUUCUUUUUUCUAUCUUUCUUUCAUGAGCUAAAUGCUUAAAAGCUGUCAAGGUUUCUAAGAUAGAUGGCUAGUCAAGUAGCUGACUGAUUAAAGCCUCCAAGACCAAAUAAACUACACACACACACACACACACACACACACACACACACACACACACACACACACACACACACACACACACACUGUAGUAUAAAUGAAACCUGGCCAGAAGCGGUUGAUUCAUAUUCUAUAACAGCAGCUGUGACAACAGAUUCGGUUAUAAUUUUAUAAAACAAACAAACAAACAGAAGCUUCUAUUGUUUUCCCCACUUCUUCCACCUGUAAGAGAGACAGCCAGUAUAACCUGAGGCAAAUAAUAAAUGGAUGAAAUUGACUGAAAAUUUCUGAAAGGGUCUUGUAACAGUAAGUUUUCCAGCAUGAGAAAUGCUUCAGGGCAGAGAAUUGUGUGCUUUCUGGUUUCUCAGUAAUACAACAAGAUACAUGUUUUGCCAUGAAGGAAGAGAAAAAGAGAAGCUGGUGAGGAAAUAACUCUUCAAGGCUGCUUGAUAACAGGAUAAUUAAUCAAUCAAUUAAUUAAUUAGUUCAUUCAUUAAAUAUAACUAUAUACAGGUAAAACAACAGUAAUACAUUUUAAACGCACAUUGCUGUGGUAUAAUAAUAAUCCCAUUUCUCGUCAAGCCACGUUACACCAUCGUGCUUUAUUUCAUACUUAUGGCCUACAUUUAUUAAAGCAAUUGUGCUAACAUGCUGCUGUUAGUAGCUUAUUUCUCCCAGCCUGUGAUGAAGCCCCCUGCUGGCUGUGGGGCCCAUAACAGCCACUUAGUUCACUUGGUUGGGCCUGUUGGGAUCCAUUGCUUUUAUCAUACUGACCACAGUUAGAUGUUAGUAUUGGAAUUUAAGCGAGUAAUAAAAAUGUGACAGGAAUAAUGACAUAGCGAUACUGAUGGCUCAUAACUACAUGUCCAAACAUUGGCUGUAAUACCACACAUGACAGAAUGACAUGAGUUGAGGUUGCGACACAGUUACUGAUGUCAUCUACGCUUAGGACCUUGUAGUAGAGGACAAACAAUGUAAUGUGAUUGUAACUGCGAAAAUGAGAUCGAGGGUUUUUCCUUUCCUUCUUUUUGUCAGAAACAGUAAAUGAAUUGACUCGA